AUGAGACCACCAAAAUCAGUUGGUUCAUUCUUUCAAGUUAAGGAUAAUAUUCCUAAUUUACUUCAAUCAAAUUUAGUUUAUGCAGUUAAUUGUAAUGAUUGCACCGAUUCGUAUUGUGGUAAAACUGAAAGACAAGUGUGUAGAAGACUAGUGGAACAUGGAGCACCAAAAUGUGUUCUUGAACCUAGUUCUGCCUCAGCACUUACUCAAAGUCUCUGUGGACCAUUGAAGAAGACUAAAACUAAAAUAGAUGUCACACCGUACUCUAAUGCAACCAACUUGAGACGCUCUUCUCCAAUAGCUAACAAAAACAAUUUAACAACAGUAUCUAAUUUAUCACUUCCAGACGAUUACGACUCGACCUCUGAUCGUAUCACAGUGUUAGCAGUGUAUGCACCAGUGUAUCCAUCAAAUGGGCAAAAGGCUCAAAGUGCAGCUUCAGUUGAAUUUUACAAAUGCUUACAGGAGGCCAUGGAUAAAGUGUCGAGACGUGAUAUGGUUCUACUUAUGGGAGAUUUCAAUGCUCGAGUUGGCUUACAACAGUCUCAAACGGCCGGUGAUGUAAUUGGAAAGCACACAAUAGAUCAACAAAACGAGAAUGGUCAACAUUUAGUCGACUUUUGCUCUCUAAACAAUUUGAUAGUGACGAACACUUUCUUUCAGCAUAAACCUGUGCACCAAGCCAGCUGGAUGCAUCCAGGUAACAAACGUUGGCGCUUAUUGGAUUAUAUUUUGGUAAAUCGGAAAUUUCGUACAAGUGUGCACGAUGUCAGGGCUCAUCGAGGAGCAGCCGGAUUUAUUGGAACAGAUCAUCAUCUCUUCCGAGCAAAGGUAAAAAUUCACUUGAAAAGUCGAACGAAAAAUCAACAACAAAAACGAUUGAAGCUCGAUUAUCAAAAGCUUCACAACGAUACACUACGGGAUGGUUUCAAACGGGACAUUGAGCGGAAGAAGAAUGAAGUGUAUGAUGACGAAAUGACUAUUGAUGAAAAGUAUUCACAGUUUGUUGAGCACGUACGUGAAUUGGGAACCAGAUAUUUUCAGCAAGAAAACAAUGCUAAAAAACGAAAGGAGUGGCUAACGGAUGAAAUUCUUGACAUGAUUCCUAUUCCAGCUAUUGAUAAAGCUGAGGAGACAAGACAGGAUACACCACCGUCCUUGCCUGAAGUUGUGCAAGCGAUCAGACAGAUGAAAAGUCGAAAAGCACCGGGUAAGGAUGAUGUUACGGCUGAAUUAUUGAAAGCUGGUGGUAUGGAAAUAGCUCUGUGGCUACAUCAAAUCGUAGUUGAUGCUUGGAUAAACGAGGAAAUGGUAGAAGACUGGACAAUGGCUAUACUGAUUCGAUUGUACAAAAAUAAAGGGGAUAAACGUUUUUAUGACAACUAUCGCGGUAUCUCUUUAUUAAUUGUCGUGAGUAAAAUAUUCUCUCGAAUUAUUCUCAACCGAAUACAAGGACUGCUCGACAAAAAGUUGCUAGAUCAACAAGCAGGUUUCCGACCAAACAGAUCAUCAGUCGAUCAAAUUUUCACCUGA